AUGACCAACGCCACGACCGCCACGACCACACCGUCACAUCCCAAGAACACAAUGUCUUCUACCGAUUCCCAAGCAAAACGCAAGGCCUCCACGGCUGGCAUGUCCGUCAACACUCGUCCUGUCAAGAGACGUGCUUCGAAAGCGUGCUGUUGUUGUCGAGCUCGCAAGGUCCGCUGCGAUGUUGUCGAGAAUGGUUCUCCCUGCACAAAUUGCCGAUUAGAUCAGGUCGAAUGCGUUGUUACGGAAAGCAAGCGGAGAAAGAAAUCCCGCGUUGAGGCUGAAAAUGCCAACAAUGUUCCCGACUCGCCUCCGGACGCUUCAGAAGACAGUGGGAAUUUCUUCCGGAGAUUCAGUGAGAGCCGUCUGUCCGAUGUGGCACCGGCUUCGCCAUCACAGCAUUCGCUCGAUCUGGACCAAGGCUCACAUAUGCCUCAUCUAUUAUAUCAAAACCAGGCAGAACGGAUUGGAGCAGAGUCCCGGUUUGGUCGUGGAAUGGCCGCGAACCCGGCCGUUCCAGCCACUUUGCCAUUGCACCAUGUCACCUCGCAAAUCCAGCAAUUGUUGGACCCGUCCUUUGCUAGCCCCCGUUCGGGAGGCGUCAUUCUACCAGAUUACAUUCGGGGAUUGCCUGCUAGGUUGCAGAAGGAAGAUAUCGACUAUUUGGCCAUGAAGGGUGCCCUGACUAUUCCGGAUGUCAAUCUGCGUAAUGAAUUGAUCAAGAGUUAUAUUCACUACGUUCACACUUACAUGCCGCUCUUGGACCUCGAAGACUUCUUGCAGACGAUUAUCCAGAAUGAUGGAAUCAACCGCAUGAGCUUGCUGCUCUUCCAAGCUGUCAUGUUCGCUGGUACCGCUUUCAUCGACCUUAAGCACCUCCACGGCGCCGGCUACACAUCACGAAAGGCUGCACGGAAAGCCUUCUUCCAACGAGCCCGACUCCUCUACGACUUUGACUACGAGGUUGAUCGUAUCUCGCUCGUCCAGUCUCUGUUGCUGAUGACUUAUUGGUACGAGACUCCGGAUGACCAAAAGGACACCUGGCAUUGGAUGGGCGUCAGCCUGUCGUUGGCCCACACCAUUGGUCUACACCGGGACCCCGGGAACUCCCGCAUGGAUCUUCGUCGUCAGCGGAUGUGGAAACGCAUCUGGUGGAGCACGUAUACUCGCGAUCGCUUGAUUGCCCUGGGAAUGAGACGUCCCAUGCGCGUCAAGGAUGACGACUGCGAUGUGCCUAUGUUGACUCUCGACGAUUUCGACUUCCAUCCGUUCUCUCCCGAGAUCGUAGCCAUGGUCGGAAAUUCGGAGGUGCUGCACAAUGUUGAGCACCAGCGUGAACUGGCCCUGAUGUUCAUCGAGAAGGCCAAGCUGUGUCUCUGCGUUAGCCAUGUGCUGUCAGCACAAUACUCGGUUCUUAGCCACAAGUUUGGCGGCACGAUGGAGACCACCAUGAUGCUGGUCCCUAAGAAAUCUGCCGCUGAGACAUUUGAAGUUCGCCGUUGCGAUCAGGAGCUGGAAGACUGGCUGGCUAACCUUCCCCCGGAGAUCCAGUAUUCUCCGGCUGCGUCUUUGAAGCUCACAGAGGCCCAGGAGGUUCUGCAUUCGCACCGAGCGCUGCUCAAAAUGGUCUACUUGACCACAUCCAGUGCCUUGCAUCGCCCGCAAGUUCUUCCUUCCAUCCCGUUCCCGUCGAUGGACGCGGAGCUGCAGGAAAUCUCGCGGAACAAGGUGCGGUACGCGGCGGUGGAGAUCACCAACAUCGCCCAGGACCUGCACAGUCUGGACCUGACCCGUUACUUCCCUACCACCGGUGUGACGGUUCUGCUGCCCGCGGUCAUCAUUCAUCUACUUGAUAUCAAAUCCAGCGACCCUAAUGUUCGGAUGACCAGUCUCCAGCGCUUCUAUCAGUGCAUGCGGAUCCUCCAGCGUCUACGUGAGAUCUAUGCCUCUGCUGACUUUGCGACAUCAUUCUUGGAAGCCGCCAUCCGCAAGGCCGGUAUCCAGCUCACCGUUGCACCUCAGGAUGUGCAACAGCCACCGCCCGUGAACACCGACACUGCCUCCUCCACCAUGCCCGACCCUACGCGUCUUAACACCUUGACUCCUCCCCCAGACUCUCUCGCCCAGAAAAUACCCGAUCUUACCUAUCCAAAAUCAUCUGACACUGGAGCGCUUGGAGCAGCUGAGGAAGGUGGGCCACUGUUUGUGUCGACGCCGCCUCCAUCUGAUGGCAGCGAGAACGGCAGCACAAACAACCUCAACACUAAAUUCCAGCCAUCGGAUACUUUCCAGAUUCCCAGCAUGGAUUCGGAACUGAGUCUUAGCCAGUUGAUGGAUUUGGCCAACGAUGCCGAAGUAACACAGAAUGAUUUUGAUGCCUUAAUCAAUUUUGACGAUGCCGGAGCCGAUUUCUUUGCGGCUGAAAACAACAGCAACAACACCACUGCCACCAAUACCACUACGAACAAUAACAUCAAUCAUGAGAACAAUGGCGGCAACGAUUUUGUGGGUCCCAUCCCCGACGUGAUGAAUAUGAAUGCUGGCGGCAAGGGCGUUAAUUUCCCCGGACUUGCUGACGCCGUCGAAGCACCACGCUCGGAGGCUCAAGGUAUCACGGCGGAUCUGGAUGCAGACUUGGGAUUGUUUUAA